UCCAAUGGUGCUUUGUAGACAUCUUUCACAUUAAUGUAUUUUCCACAUAAUUUUUUAGUUGUUUCGAGACAUGAAGCCUCGAGUUAUGAACUCAAUUUUGCAUGUAAAAACUUUUAAGAAUGUACAGUAUGGUACACAUUAGAAUUCCUGAGCUGCUUUUAUUUUGUGAAAAAUUAUAUUUGAAUUUUAUGUAGAGAGGCUAACGAGGCCCAAACUGUUACACUGCCCACUGUGUGCUGGAAAUGGAGCACAUGCUGUUUAACUAAUUAACAUUACCUGAACACAGGAACCACUUGUGUUUAUGACCGAUGAUUCAGCUGUAGAAAGGGCUGCUCUGCAAGCAACUUGGCCUAGCAGCACAUGUCUGCUUUGCCAUUUCCAUGUGGCUCAGGCUGAGUGGAGGUGGCUCAUGUCAGCGAAAAACAAAGUCAACCCUGCUGAGAGAAGGCCCCUGAUGUCUGCAUUCCAGAAGAUUAUGUAUGCCUCUACUGCAGAAGACCUGGAAUCUGCAAAAGCACACCUGCAGACACUCUCCCAUGAAGCCUUUGUUACCCGCGUGCAGGACUUCCUGCGGAGAGAAGAAGAAUGGGUACUGUUCUUCCGAAACUGGUUACCAACACGCGGGCACAACACAAACAACUUUUCCGAGGCGUGCAUCCGUAUUCUCAAAGACAUUAUCCUUGGAAGAACAAAGGCCUUUAAUGCCGUAGCCUUAGUUGAUUUUGUUGCAAUCGUAUGGGAGAAAUACUUUGAGGCACGCAUCCUUGAACACGCUCACAACCGUGUUGCUGCUGGACGCCUCUUAUAUGACAGGCUACUCAAAAAGAUGCCACAGGGGGCAGCGGACAAAAUUGUCUCUCUGGAGCGCAAUGUGUACUCUGUUCCAAGUGCUCAACAAACAGGAGAGACGUACAGAGUAUAUGCAGAUAUUGGAACAUGUACCUGUGGGGCAGGAAAGCAAGGUGCAUUUUGCAAGCAUCAAGCUUUGGUACACAAAACAGUUGGUGGUAUCUUCCCCAAUACACCAGCACUUACUGCAGAAGAUCGCCAUCAGUUGCGGAAUCUGGCUUUGGGAGACCGCUGCCCCCCUGUCGCCUUCUUCAUGGACUUUCGUGUAAAUGAGGCCUUGACAAGUCAGCAGGAGGAAACACAUCAUGCCGAUAGUACACCUGUACCUCAGCAGCAUCCUGCUGAUCCUUGCUUCACAGAGCCAUCAACAUCGUACCAAAGUGGAACUGCAGACAAGUGCAUAACUGGUGACAUCCAUGCCCUUUCGAAACAGCUCGAACGAUGCCAUAUGCUCGUCAAAGGGAACAGCACCUACAACAAAUACCUCCAAAAGGCAAUCCACAGCCUCAAGAAAAUUCAAACAGCAUCCCAAUGUGUUGGGAUGAUGAUGUCCCUAGGUACAACACUAAGUAACAUAACAAGAUGCGGUGGACAUAUAAAAGUUCAGCCCACCAGCAUAUCCAGGCAUCGUGAGGGACUAACACGAGGAUCCAAGAGGGUGGCAGCUGGGCGUCCCUCAAACCAGCCUUCUCACAAAAAAGCAAAGAAGCGCCCACACAGACUGAGCCUUAGUGUCAAAGACAAUGUUAGCCACGCAAAGUCGCAUGGCCAGGGUCACUAACUGGGUCGCAUUUGCAUUAUAGUAUUUAAAUUGUUCAAAGGUUUUUUUAAAGCCAAAGUUGAGUUCCCACCUUGUUAGUUGUGUAGAACAAGGUACAUGGCUAAUCAUUUUGUAUCGUACCAGCAGGGGAAAAUUAUUUCUGUUGCACAAUACACAAGCUUGGAAAUCUUAAAGGGGUUGUGAAACCAUUGCCAGGCUUUUGAAGGUGUCAAUAUUGAUGUAUGUGUACUAAACAUGCACAUCAAAACACUCUGUUCCUGCAAUAUCGCAUUAAAGGGGGCACAAAAAUGAAAAAAAAAAAUGCAAACAAAAGUAAGUCAGUGUUUCAAUUGGUACAAUUCAAACAAAAUUAGUUCACAUAGCGCUACCGUUUAGAAGCAAAGUGCAAUGAAAACAGAGCCGAGUUUGGCGGCAACGAAUUGGAUCCCUAGGAGGCAAAAAUUAGUGGCAUCCAAUGAGACCACAGGAGAAGCGUGCGCAUACCUAUCGUGGGAGUGUGGAUUUGGAACAGGUCCGAUCGUAGUGUUCCAUAUAUGUGCGGCAUGAUGCACACUGCUGCAUUUUUGAAUACAGAUUCACUGAAUUGUACCCACAACAGUUCUCAC